UAUUUAAACUAACACCACCAUAUCAUCUCCCUAUCCAUCAAUUUGUCCCUCAAACCAUUUGAACAAAGAGAGUAAAUAGAAAGAGCAAAAUCCAAAUCCAAAUCUCCAUGGCUGAAACUAUACAACAACAAGAAGAAGAACCUCCCUUGUUUCCAUCAUCAUCAACCUCUUUUUCCUCCAUGCUUGUCUUAAAGAAUCUUAUGAGCAAAAGACGAACAUGGGUCUUUCUGUUUCUCACUGUCUACGCAAUUUUACUCUCAAUUUCUUCGAAUUUCCUCAAUUCAGUACUUUCUUGGUAUGAAUCCACCAUGAAAUUGACACCCACUUCAGCUCUCUACGGAUCUAUGGUAUUAGGACUUGCGUUUGGGGUUUUGUCCAUUGUAGCAGCUCUAAUCGUCGUUGUUCCAGCAACGCUUGUAACUUGGAUCACUAUUUUGGUUUUACUGACAUUUGCAGGUAAAGGGAGAAGGGAUUUGGUUAUGGAAGGGAAGAAAUUGACGGGUGAGAUUACUGGGUUUGUUGUUAGGGUUUUGAUUAAAGAAGGUAAUCUUGUAGCUGUCAUUUGUGCUGUUCUUGGGUAUUUUGCACUUGUUAGAAGGAACAAAGAAGACGGUAAUGAUUAUUGAGUUUGAAUCUUUUUACAAUCAUAAGCUCGAUCACGGAGAAAUCUCAGUAGCUCAGCUGGUUGGCUAUUGAACUUUUACUUUAUUGGUAAGUCUAGCGUAUUGAGGAGGCCUCUAAGUAAUCACAUGAAAGUCGAUUGCUCUGCCUCAUGUCGCCCUUCCAAGAUAUCUGAGGACGGUGCAAUGUGAAUUUUGGGAGAUUUGGGAUUGGUUCGUUCAAAAAUCAGAAUUUGAUAAAGAUUCAAUCUUUGAGCUAAUUUGAAGUUCCUGUUAGAUUAGUUUCAAGGGUGUAAGCAUAAGUUAGAAUUGGUAGCUUUGUUUAGCAGUAGAAAUGAUAAAUGUUUAUGCAAUGUAUGAUAUAUGUAUAAACUGUCUUUUGUUUGUGUCUAUUCUAUUGAUCUUUGUUUGUUAUGUAUAGAAUUUAUCUGAUACUUAUGCUGACGAAAUGUAAUGAAAUAUUACUGUAACAACCCAAACCCCUCCUUUUGAGUAUUUUAUGUAUCGUUGCAUGAUUCGAGA